UAGCCUUGUUUAUCAAACAUAUUUUGAGAAAGGAAAAAACAUAACUUUUAAUAUUAGAAAUACAACAACACUAGCACGUAAAAAUAACACCAAAAUUAUUCGAAUUUAAAGAAACAAUGGGGAAUUGUAUAAAGCCACAAUCCCAAGCUAUUUGGGGAGGGGAAGAUUGGACGCCGGCAAUGAUGACCGAAGACGAAAAAUUGGCCAUGAAAAAGGAAGAGGAAGAAUUAGCAACUACAUAUGAUAGCAAAGAAACAAAGAGUUCAACGACGUCGAAAAUAAAAGAGGUGAAGGUGAAGGUAACAAAGAAGCAAUUGGAGAAAUGGUUAGGGAAAAUGAAUGUAGAACAAAAGGGGUUGUGCGUUGAACAAGCUUUAGCGCAAUUGAUCAAAGUUAGUGUUCAUUGUAAGACAUAUCAUAGGUCUUGGAGGCCUAUGUUGCAGACCAUAUAUGAAGUUUAGUGCUAUAUAUAUUUUUGUUAACUUGUACAAAUUUUUGAGUUUUACAACAAGCUAAGGUUGGUGUAAAAUGGUUUAACUUUUUUUUUUUUUUUUUUUUUUUAAUGACUUGUACAAAUUUUAUGACUUACUUAAAUUCUUUUUUAUGUACAUGUUGGAAAAAGUGUUUAUGUUAUGGGAUAAUUGUAUUGUACUUUGUAAGUUUAGGGGAUUGAUUGAUUUCAAUGUGAAUUGUAAAGGGUUUUGUA